AUGUCGAUACAAAAACAAGACUUGAUAACGAUAAAAAUUAUCUAUCUAUCUAUCUAUCUAUCUAUCUAUUUAUGUCAAUUUUUUCCUCUGCAUUUUCACUUUCUAUCUAUCUGUAUUUCAUUAUGCUAUGCUAUCUAUCUAUCUAUCUAUCUAUCUAUCUAUCUAUCUAUCUAUCUAUAUAUGUCAAUCUUUUCCUUUCUCAAACACUCACUCACUAAAUAUCUUCAGUUUCUAUCUAUCUAUCUAUCUAUCUAUCUAUCUAUCUAUCUAUCUAUGUCAAUCUUUUUCUCUCUCUUGGCAUGUAUAUAUCUAUUCUCUUUCUCUCUAUCAAUGCAUCUUCAGUUUCUAUCUAUCUGUCUAUGUCAUCUAUCUAUCUAUCUAUCUAUCUAUCUAUCUAUCUAUCUAAACAUCGUCAGUUUCUCUAAAACUCUUUCAUCUAUCUAUCUAUCUAUCUAUCUAUCUAUCUAUAUAUGUCAAUCUUUUCCUUUCUCAAACACUCACUCACUAAAUAUCUUCAGUUUCUAUCUAUCUAUCUAUCUAUCUAUCUAUCUAUCUAUCUAUGUCAAUCUUUUUCUCUCUCUUGGCAUGUAUAUAUCUAUUCUCUUUCUCUCUAUCAAUGCAUCUUCAGUUUCUAUCUAUCUGUCUAUGUCAUCUAUCUAUCUAUCUAUCUAUCUAUCUAUCUAUCUAAACAUCGUCAGUUUCUCUAAAACUCUUUCAUCUAUCUAUCUAUCUAUCUAUCUAUCUAUCUAUCUAUCUAUCUAUCUAUCUAUCUAUCAAUUUCAUUUCUCUAAAACUCUUUCAUCUAUCUAUCUAUCUAUCUAUCUAUCUAUCUAUCUAUCUAUCUAUCUAUCAAUUUCAGUAUGUUUCUAUCUAUCGUCAGUUUCUCUAAAACUCUAUCUCUAUCUAUCUAUCUAUCUAUCUAUCUAUCUAUCUAUCUAUCUAUCUAUCUUUCAUUUAUCUAUCUAUCUAUCAAUUUCAGUUUGUUAUCUAUCUAUCUAUCUAUCUAUCUAUCUAUCUAUCUAUCUAUCUAUCUAUCUAAACAUCUUUGUUAUCUAUCUAUCUAUCUAUCUAUCUAUCUAUCUAAACAUCGUCAGUUACUCUAAAACUCUUUCAUCUAUCUAUCUAUCUAUCUAUCUAUCUAUCUAUCUAUCUAUCUAUCAAUUUCAGUAUGUUAUCUAUCUAUCUAUCUAUCUAUCGUCAGUUUCUCUAAAACUCUAUCUAUCUAUCUACCUAUCUAUCUAUCUAUCUAUCUAUCUAUCGUCAGUUUCUCUAAAACUCUAUCUAUCUAUCUAUCUAUCUAUCUAUCUAUCUAUCUAUCUAUGUCUAUCACACUCUCUCACUAUUUAUCUAAGCAGCUUCAGUUUCUUUUUCUUUCUUUCUUUCUUUCUUUCUUUCUUUCUUUCUUUCUUUCUUUCUCCAAUGUCUCUCUAUUUCUCUUUCUCUCAGUCUCUCUAUCUAUGUUCAGUUUCUCUUUGUGUCUCUGCCUAUCUAUCUAUCUAUCUAUCUAUCUAUCUAUCUAUCUAUCUAUCUAUCUAUCUAUCUAUCUAUCUCACCGACUUUACUAUCUACCUUUCUAUUCGUUUCCCUUCCUAUGUAUCGAUUGUAAUUAUAUACGGUAUUUUGACUUCUAGUCUAUGUCCUGAGACUCCGAGGCAGACUAGCCUCUUGUUCUUCAAGAAUAAUAACCAUUCCAGAUUUGCUCAUAAGUCUUCUCUUUAUCGUCAUUUUUCAUCCUCAUAA